GAAGGCGUUGUAGCCGCCAGCAAUGGCGCUGGAUCCUCCUUGCAGAUGCAGGAUGCAGAGAGUGCAAGGUGGUCUGUUACCGGCACUGAUGCAAACGUAUGGGAUAGCUACACCCGCAAGGGGGACAAGAUCGGUGCUGGGGGCUUCGGCUUCGUCUUCGGAGCCACCCACAAGGGCACGGGCGAGACGGUGGCCAUCAAGGCGGUGCCGAAGCUGGAUUUGAAACGAGCUCCGCAGACAGCUCCAGAACAGCUGGGGCAGAUGCGCAGGAGGGAUGCCCAGAGGCUCAAGGAGGAGAUCUUCAUCAUGAGGAAACUCGAUCAUCCGAACACGGUGCCGCUGUACGAAACAUUCGAGGAUGAGAAGAACGUCUUUCUCGUCAUGGAGCUCUGCUCUGGUGGCGAAUUGCUAGGCUUCAUCUUGGAAAGCGGCCGACACACGGAAGCCCAGGCCGUGAUCGUGAUGCGGCAGGUAUUCCAGGCCGUGCUCUACCUGCACUCGGUUGGCAUCUGCCACCGCGACAUCAAGCAUGCCAACACUCUGCUUCUCAGCCAAGCCCAGAUCGAGGACAAUAUGGUGAAGAUAGUAGACUUCGGCUUGGCGUGCUGCUUCACUCGUGGGGAAGCCAUGCGACAGUGUGCCGGUACGGCCAUCUACGUUGCACCACAGGUUCUGGAGUGCAAGUAUGACCACUCCAUUGACCUGUGGAGCUGCGGAGUGCUGCUAUACAUUCUUCUUUGUGGUUAUCCGCCCUUCCGCGGAGACACUGACGCAGCAGUCAUGAAUGCGAUACGAAGGGGGAACUACUCUUUUCCGUCAUCGGACUGGACAUUGGUCUCACAGGAUGCGAAAUCGCUGAUCCGCAUGCUGCUGAAGAUGAAGGUGAAGGAACGGAUUACGGCCGAGGGGGCUCUCAAGCACUCCUGGAUCCAGGAGCCGCCAAAGGAGCCAGUCCAACUGCAGAAAGCGUUGGAGCGGAUGCGGAAGUUUGUGGCCUACCAACGGCAGACGCAGAACCUGAAUCCCGAGCAAAUUCCGGAGGAAGAUCCGAUGCUGCAAGGAAUUCCACGAGGUUCUUCGCAGUCGUCGAUUGCUACUCGUAUUCCACAGACCUUGCCUUCUGCCGGCACCUGGUUGAAGGAUCUGCAGAGGCAGUUCUCGGCAUUCACCGCUGCGGUAGGCUCUGCCAUGACUUCGAAGCCCGAGAAGAAGCGAGUAGAGGAGGACUUGUCCCACUUGUCGCCGCCGGCGCAGGGCAAGCCUGCUAUGGGCUACGCCUUGGCGCCAGCUAGUGCAUGCCAGAGCGCCGGAAGGGCAGUUGAGGAAACUUCCGAGAGCAUCAGCCGCGGCGCCAGUGAGAAGAGCGUGAUUGGGCAGGAGCUGCCGAAAGGACUGACCCCAAGCCAAGUCUUCCGAGAGAAGCACAUCCAAGAGGACGAGCCUGUCCUCCCCAGCCAGCUUUGGCCAAGGCAGGUGAUGGAGCAGGUGCUGGAUUUGGACAGCUUGACGCAGCAGGAGGUGCAGCAAGAGGUUCUCACGGAAAGGCUGACAGGCGAGGUCGACACUGGUGACAGUGAAGCCAGAUCCCUGCCAGGACAAGCACUCAUGAACCUGUCGAGCACCGCGAAGCCCCUGUGCCCCUUUGACGACAUCCUUCCACCAGCUCUGGAUCCGAACCCAGCUGUGGAGGAGAAUGCUGGGGACCCCGACAGUGUGAGGGCGUACGUGGGACAGCAGCUCGAGUUCUGGUCCAAGACUGCCUGCAGAUGGAUACCAUGCGAAGUCAUCAAUGUGCGCGGUGACGCUGCCAUCAUGGUCAAUGUCAAGCCGAACACCUGGCUCACAACAGAGGACCAAGCACGGCGUGUCCGGGCCUGCGAAUUGCAACGUUCCCCGGAGAUGUCGCCGACACAGGAUACACGCAAGGUGCUGGGAUCAGCCGGCAGGGCGAAGAGUGACAACGGCCAGUUCUCUGUUGGACAGCCCGUGGAGUAUUUGUCCAUCUCUGCUGGUCGCUGGAUUCCAAGCCGGGUCACGGGCAUAGACGAGGAGAACUCCAUACAACUGGAUGUGAAGCCGGGCUGCUGGAUACCUCUGCACCAUCAGAAGGGCCAUGUGCGGCUCCCCGGUUUGCUUGGUUCUGGUGAGGUGCAGGGGCACGUGGCGCCAUCCACAUCCUCGGCAGAUCUCGAUCUGUCGCAUCUGCAAAGUGAGGAGCUUGAGUACUACUCCUUGAACCUCUCCGCUUGGAUACCCUGCAGAAUACUUCAGCAGGAUGCACAGAGCGGCUGUGCUGUCAUCGACGUUCUGCCUAGUGCCUGGAUCACCCCGGCACAGCAGGCUACAUAUUUGCGAGCUGCGCUACAGCAGGAACGCCUUCGAAUUCCACUUACCGGAGACAAAGUCGUUUACUUCUCCGAGUCCCACAUGCGCUGGAUUCCGACCAUCAUCACAGAUGUCGGGGAUGCAGAUGAGGUCGAGCUGGAGAUCAAGCCCGGAGUGUGGAUCAGCAGAGACGUCCAGAAGCGUGUUCUUCGUUGGUGCUCCAACCAGCUUUGA